GCCAGUUCAAUUGUCUCGUUGAGACCGGUUGCAAUCUGGCGAGCCUGAGUUGCGUUGCAGCUUGAGUGGAUGGGGAAUUCUGUCACGGCGCCAGUAUCCCAAGCUUCGGAUGUGGUAUUGAUGGGUGCUUGCUGACGUGCUAUCAGAGGUGCUGGAGCUGCACUGGCAGCGGCUGCCAGGGUAAGUAGAAGGGCGUUGUGAAGAGCAGGCAUUAUGAUGGAACAGGUGACUAAGUGUCUGGAACAGAAAGAGAAUUGCUGAGGUGGUGCGUAUUCUACUCCAGGAUGCUGAUUCGGAAGCAGGUUUAUAUACUCGUGAUGUUCGACGCUGACUUGCUCAAUCGGUCGGUCGUAUGCAUGAUUACAUCGCAUUCAACUAUCCAAAGCUAACACAGGUCCACCAUCAUUGACGCACUUCGUCCUCUCGACUUUCACAGAGUUUUCUUACACUAUUGAAUCGCCGGACCCUUGUCCAGCAAGAAUAUAGUCCGAAUGCCUCUGCAAAGAAGGUCCUAGCCGAGAAAUCCGAUGUCCACGAGGAAGAUCUUGCAUGAUUGCCGAGAAAUGCCAAGUUGAGGACAACGAGGUAGUAUCACAGGUUCGCCCCAUGAAACAAGAACUAUGUCGUCUUCUACUUCCCUUCUUCGUCCUUGCAAAGGUACAGAGCACACCAGAAAUCUUCAACGUGCCGAUAUUCGAGGACACAGGACGGCGGAGAUUCCACCUACCUUGAUGCCAAGCAAAAUCCGCUCCGCUUCCAUGCCGAGAAGAAAGUGAGGACCUUAAUGUGUCUAUCGACCUGCGAAUGCUGGAUCACUCCACUACUGCUCUGCUUCUACCAGUCCAACGGCAGGAUAUCUGGUCGAGUCACAUCACGGUCGUCUUGGCUCGCUGAGAGAGCUGUCUCUCUUGCUUGGCUAUCGGCGUCUUCGCCGAAGUUCUUUCCCUUCUGCAUCUUGGCCUCGUGGCUACCGGCACACCGGCGUCGCUGUUGUCGAGAUCCACUUAGUCAAAGAAACGGAAAAGUGAAAAGCAAGAAGUUUGCUUUCUCCGAGGUGAGCUCGCGACCAUUAUUUGAACUCCAUUACCGUGUCUGGUGCCAUUCUCAAGACAGAGAAUUUACGACAGCUCUGCUCUACUCAUGAAGAAUAUCUAUUCCACCGCUUUGUCCCAGUCCUGAGAUAUCGAUCAAGCCCCUUGCAUUGUCCUGACAUCAAUCACGAUGUUGUCCAGCACGCUCUUUUUAUUUCUUUGGGUUUCCGCUAUUACCGCACAAAUAACCUACACAGGUUGCCACAACCACUCGUCGGUUGAAUACUGCUACGGUCCUGAUGGGGAGGAGACGCCUCUGGCCACAUAUGCCUUAGCGUCCACAUUGACAACAUUCUCGACGGCGACUCUCCCAGCCUCGGUCACAGCAUCAGACACUACGACCCUUCCAGCCUCGGUCACAGCAUCGGCAACGACAACGUCAGGUCAGACUACGGCCGUGACUGGCUGUCAUACUCAUGAAACCCAAACAUACUGCAUCGACGGUGCAGGGAACGAAGUCCUCAUCUCUGCGACAGCAACUGCCACCGGAGAACCACCAGCUCAAUACACCGACUGCCACGCGCACGAAGCUGAGCAGUACUGUCUGGGGCCCAAUGGAGAGGAAGUCUUGGUUCUGGCUGAGGGAGUGUCCGUAUCCAGUGAUAGCCAUGAUGAUCAUGAUGACCACGAUGAUUCGGAAAACGAAGUAGAGAUGGACUGCCAUUUCCAUGCUGGUGUCGAACACUGCGUACCGGUUGGCGGAUCCGAGAGCACCACCAGCUCUGCUUCCUGUGAGGUUCAGGACCGAGACUAUAACCUGGGCCUUCGGGUCGGGACGUUAUUUGUCGUCCUAGUUACAAGCUCCAUCGGCGUUUUUGCGCCCAUGUUGCUUGCCAAAGUACCAUCUCGAAACGUCAACUCCUUUAUCUUUACGACGGUCAAGCAGUUCGGAACGGGAGUGAUUGUCUCUACGGCCUUCGUUCACCUCUAUACCCAUGCGUCUCUCAUGUUCAACAACGAAUGUCUGGGAGUUCUUGAUUACGAGGCUACAACAUCUGCAAUCGUUAUGGCAGGAAUCUUCAUGUCGUUUCUGUUUGAAUACAUCGGUCACCGGAUCAUUGUUGCCAGAAAUCGAGGCCGCAACACUGGCUCAAGCGCAUACGCCAACGCUACUAAUUUGACCACGAAAGCGGAGGGGCCAACACCGGACUCUGCAGCUACGACAGCCUCGCAUAGCUUGGCCAAUCUGGGCCACAACCAUGGCUCGCCGUUUGACCCUACCAAUCCAAAUUCGAAGUUGUCAGUGUCCGUUAUGGAAGCAGGAAUAAUCUUCCACAGCAUCUUGAUUGGUUUGACUCUGGUUGUUGCCGGAGAUUCCUUUUACAAGACGUUGCUCGUCGUCAUUGUAUUUCAUCAAUUCUUCGAAGGUCUUGCUCUUGGCGCGCGAAUCGCAUUGCUUCCGAAAGAGACCGCUUCGUUCUGGCGUACCAAAUUCCCCAUGGCCCUGGCUUUUGCCCUGAUCACGCCGCUCGGCAUGGCCAUUGGAGUGGGUGUCUUGAACCAAUGGAAUGGCAACGACCAGUCUACGAUCAUCACCAUUGGCACAUUGGAUGCGGUUUCUGCCGGCAUUCUGGUCUGGGUUGGUGUUGUAGACAUGUGGGCGAGGGACUGGAUCAUUGACGGUGGGGAUAUGACGGCAGAGAAUGCAGGCUUUGGAAAGAUAUGCCUGGGUCUGGCCAGUUUGGUGGCGGGUUUCGUUGUGAUGAGUGUGCUUGGGAAGUGGGCGUAACGAGCCUGAAAACCUCAGGUGAUAACGAGAAUAAAGUUGGACAAGGUGAUGGUCGAGAAAAGCAUGACAGUGAAGGUGUUUCCUGGACGAGGCCUCCUCAUCGCAGCCUUUGCUUCCGUCAUCUUACCAUUUCUGGCAAUAUAUGAGGCUACAUCAUGCGAGCAUCCGCUGUCAGCACUGGCGACCAAAUUUCUCGUACAAUAACUCCUUGACUUUCCUUAGCAGACCCGCAGGCCCCUCUCCCUCUAUUGUACCAGUGGGGACCUUGAUGAAUUCCAUCGGCGCUCCGCUCUCGGUCUUCUUUGUCGCUACAAGUUUGGCGAUUUCCUCGCCUUCUUCGUCGCUAAACGCUCCUCCCACAAUGACACCCGCCGGAGCCGGGUGCAGUGCGUCGAGUACCAAAUUCAAAUUCCCUGGUGAAUAUGUCCGUGUCGGCUCGACCGUGGUCAGGAUGGCGCAGUAAGUGUAAUGCGGCUUGAGCUGUUCCAGGAGUUGCAGUGCUAGGGUGCGGUGUGCGCCGACGCACACGAGGCGGAUUGGUGGCGGUAGUGAAGGCUCUUCCAUUUUUCUAUUCUCUUGGAGGCUUGAACGUCUUGUUUACAAGAGUUUAGGAAUGUCGUACGUACAGUCAAGUUGGCACUGGGAUAUGCCUUGGGACAAGUAAGAGAAGCACCUGAGAGGAUACUAGUAGUUUCGAGCGGAAGCCAUGUUAUAUAGCCAAUACCUAGGGUAUAGAACUCCGCAAGUAGUACCUUCACAUAGGUGGCGACCUGGAGCUAGACUGUCACUGCACGAGUCCAGCUGGAUAACUAAGGUAUCUUGGCCUA